AUUCGCAUCAAGCACUGCUUGCUUACUGUCAGCCAACCUCAUCCAUUUGCUCAACUUUACUCGAGCCCUUCCAGCACAGAACCAUACACCACUCACAUAAAACAAUAACAAAUUGACUUUUCCAUGAUGCGCAUCUCAGACUUCCUCCAAAUCACCUUCUGCCUCCUCCCCACGGCCCUCGCCCAAUGGCCUUCCUGUGACCCAUCCUGCGUCACAUGCGGUCUUACCUGCGAUAAAGGAUGCGCAGCUCCUUUGGACAUGAGCAUUUGUAACAAUUGUCUCUACUGCCGACGCGAGAGUUCAUCCUGCAGCUUCUUUGAACUCGGCUACGAAGACCCCAACGACCCGAACCUGUGCGAGCUGUGCGCCAACUCCUGUUACUGCAAACUUGGCGCUAUUUGCUACGAUGGGCUGCCGGCGGGGACUGCGACCGCGUCGGCUGCACCCACGGCGGAGUUGGGAGCCCGGAUGCCACAGAAGGGGCGUCGGGAUUUGUUUGGGCAUUAAGAGGAGGGGAAGUGAGGAGUGAGAGAGGGAUAAUUGACAUCAUGGAUUAGUUUAGGAGAAAACAAUUUCUUUGUGGUGUGCACCGUGGCAGUGGUUCAUGUCAUGUCGUUGAGAUAUAAAUACACGAUUCAAACGUCGAAACCUCUUGUGUUAGAUGUCCGGGAAACAUGGGGAGCUA